UGUCAAAUGAUAGUCCGCAGCUUGCUCAUUAAGUCAACACAGUCAUUUCUGAGGAUAAAAAAUAUCAACGGAGGAAAAGUUCCUUGGGAGUAGCAUCUGAUUGCAUACUCUGUAACUAAAAUGAACGAUCAGGAUUAUUCUACCACUUUCAUGGCUCUCAUUUUACUGACUUGCUCAGUAUUUUUCACCGCAGAAGGAGGAGAUCAAGGUACUUGCAAAGUAUCCUCUUUCGAGAAUAUACAGCACCUACCAAAUAAAACCCUUUUUAAAACUGGGGAGCAUUUGCAGUACCAAUGUGAUGUAGGUUAUGUGAGUCCACACAAAAAUAUAGUGGAGGAAACCGUGUGUCUUUCAUCUGGGUGGUCAACAAUUCUUCAAUGUAUUGAAAUUACAUGCACAGUACCAUCAACAGCUGGUGUCCUGAGCAAACGCCUAAGCUAUAGAAAUAAUGAGGUGGCAAAGUUCUCAUGUGAUGAUGGUUUGAUGUUGAACGGUUCAGAAAUCAGCCAGUGCCAUUAUUAUGGCUGGGAUCCACCAUUGCCUACCUGUGAAGAAAUCAGAGACAGAUGUCCUCCCAGACCACGGCCAAGCAACACAGAGGAGAUCCCUUCAAAACAACAUGAUUCUAAUGGGGAGGAAGUGCAGAUAAAAUGCCUGCCAGGAUUCAAGUUACAUGGCUCAGAAUCAAUACUCUGUAUCAAUGGAAGCUGGACGUCUCUUCCGCAGUGCAUUUAUGAGCAUAAAUGUGAAAACCCACCUUCUAUAAGAUUUGGACAAAUUGAACCAACAAGCAAUCGAAGUAAUGUCAAAUACAGAUGUGAUAAUGGAUACCAAUUAAGUGGACCAGAGGAAAGUAUCUGCAUUGGUGGGAACUGGUCCUUACCUCCGAUCUGUUUAAAGACGGAAAAAAAAUGUCCAGCACCUCCAAGAAUCAUCUAUGGAGAAAUGAAAUCCUUAGUCCAUACAGAAUACCCUUCCGGAUCUACAGUAGAAUAUCAAUGCCAGCAGCUUUACAAGCAUCAGGGAAAUCUAACAAUUGUAUGUGAAAAUGGAAGUUGGUCAGAUGUCCCUGUUUGUUUGGAACCAUGCACAGUAAGUCAGAAAGACAUGACAAAAAAUAACAUACAGCUAAGGUGGAAAACAGAUAAUAAAUUGUAUUCUGAACAUGACAACACUGUGGAGUUUAUCUGCUCCCCUGGAUUUGAAAUUCAGCCAUCUUCAACGCUUCGAGUUAAAUGCAACAGAGGAAAAUUAAUGUACCCUAGAUGCUUUAAGCAAGGCUCCUGCAUUUUAUCAAAAAAAGUGAUGUUGAUAAAUUAUAUUGUGCUGCCAGAUACACAUUUGGAAAUUGAAGAUGGGGAGAGCAUGCAGUUUCAAUGCAUCAAGGGAAUGAUUCCAGAACAGGAGCUCAGAGUUACAUGUAGUAAAGGUGAAAUAAAUUACCCAAAGUGUAAUAAACAGAUUUUCAACUGUUAA